GCCCAAAGGCCUGCCCGGUUUGGGCUGGUAGAGAACGGGCCUGAAGAAGCGAACCAGAACCGGACCGAUCUGGUUUUCAGGCCAUCCGCCAUUGCAAUGCAACACAGAAAGCUCUGAUCAGAGAGAGAAAGAGAGAACCCUUGGCCGGCCCUUUCUCUCUCUCUUCUUCGUUUCCGCCGGAGAAGACAACUCCUCCUCGGAAUCUGAAAAUUUCGCCGGCGAAAACAAGAAUUAUGGAUCAGUCGUUCUUGUUGAUGCUCUCGACUCUCCUCCAUCUCCACAACCAUCUGGAUCCAACGAUCUCCCUUCUCCCCUCCACUCCCUCCUCCGCCUCCUCCCCCUCCUCCGCCUCCCUCAACUCUCCGACCUGCCUCCUCUCCUCCUCCUCCGCCGCCCCCCUCCUCUUCUUCACCAUCGCCUCCGUCCUCUCCUUCAUUGCCUCUUCUCGCCCUAAUUCCUCCUCCUCUCCUUCUCCUUCCUCCACCGCCACCGCCACCGCCGCCGCUGCAACCACUCCUCCUCCUCCUUCCUCCUCCUCCACUGCCUCCCCUUCCAAUUACUCCGUUUCCGCUUUCCGCGCCUUCUCCACGGAGCAUAUUUGGUCCCUCGAAGCCCCUCUUCGCGACGCUCAUUGGCGCGCCCUCUACGGCCUUUCUCACCCUGUCUUCACCACCAUUGUCGACAAGCUCAAGCCUCACAUAGCCCUCUCUAAUCUCUCUCUCCCCUCCGAUUACGCUGUCGCCAUGGUUCUUUCCCGCCUCUGCCAUGGCCUUUCUGCUAAAACCCUAGCCGCGCGCUUCUCCCUCGAGCCCUAUCUCGUUUCCAAGAUCACCAAUAUGGUCACCCGCCUCCUGGCCACGAAACUUUACGCUGAAUUCAUCAAGAUUCCUGUCAGUCGCCGGAGAUUGAUCGAGACAACCCAGGCGUUUGAGGAGUUGACUUCACUCCCCAACAUGUGUGGAGCCAUUGAUGGGAGUCCAAUUAAGCUCCGUCGUGUCCCUAACGACCAAAAUUUCUCGACUAAUUACAAUUGCCGAUUUGGGUAUCCCUCGGUUCUUCUUCAGGUUGUUUCGGACAACAAGAAGAUCUUCUGGGAUGUGUGCGUUAAAGCACCUGGUGGCAGCGACGAUGCAAGCCAUUUUAGGGAUAGUCUUAUGUACCAUAGGCUUACCUCCGGCGAUGUAGUUUGGGAUAAGGUUAUCAAUGUUAGGGGUCACCAUGUUCGGCCCUACAUAGUUGGAGAUUGGGGUUAUCCUCUAUUGUCUUUCCUGCUGACCCCGUUUUCGUCGAAUGGCAUCGGCACGCCUGCACAGAACCUGUUUGAUGGAAUGCUCAUGAAGGGUCGUUCUGUAGUUGUGGAUGCAAUUGGGUUGCUUAAGGCUAGGUGGAAGAUUCUUCAGGAUUUGAAUGUGGGCCUAAAUCAUGCGCCACAGACCAUUGUUGCUUGUUGUGUGUUGCAUAAUUUGUGUCAAAUUGCCAAAGAGCCGGAGCCAGAGCCAUUGAGGGACCCAGAGGAGAGUGGCCCUGCGCCUAAUAUCCUCGACAGUGAGAAGUCUUUGUGUUAUUAUGGUGAAAGUGUGAGGCAGGCGUUGGCUGAUGAUUUGCAUCAUAGACUUUCCUCGAGAUAGCUACUAAUGCUUCUCAUCAUUCUUUUUUUUGAAGGGAGAUGAGUUUCCGCCUCUGUGAUUCAUAUGAAAUUUAAAUGCUGAUUGUGUCAUCAAUGAGAAAGCUAUUACAUAACUAUCUUGAGAUCUGAACUCAGUUUUGAAAUAUAUUGUAUGGUAGAGAACUGCUAGAAUGGAGAAAUCUGCCAUUGACAGAUAGCUUGAGGAAUGAAGGGAUGUGUUUGUUCGGUAAUGCUGUUUUGUUUGUAUCUGUUUAACAUGCUAAGGAGAAGUCGAUAAGAGCUCGAUGAUGGUUAUAUGAACUGCAGGUUUUGGCCGUAUGUGUAUAGAAACUGCAACUCACUUCAUAUGUUGGAGAUUCAAAAUUUGUUUACCAGUUAAAUUUAUGAGCAAACGUUUGUUAUUGAAACAAAUCAAGCAAUUUGAUCAAUAGGAGUUGACAAGUUUGUUCUGGAAUGAUA